AUGGUUGAGUUAGAGCAAGGAAAUUCGGAUGAAAUUCAUGUUUACGAGGGAACCAUUCUGAAGUUUACUAUUUCAGAGUUUGCUUUAAUAUCUGAACUUAAAUGUACUGGGAACAUUGAGGAACACCUGUAUACUCAUUCAUCUAAGUCCGUAUUAAAGGCGAAGUACUUUCCAAGUUCAAAACAUACUGUCAAAAAGUUACGUGAUACUACUAUUAGCCGAUCGGACUUUGUGAUGGUGGAGGAUAGCAGGUAUGAACAAUUUCCAUGGGGAAAGGCUUCUUUUCAAAAGCUGAUUGCAACAUGGAAACAAGAGUUUUUUGUUCAAAAACAGCUAUACUCUAUUGGGGGAAUGCCUCAUGUGUUGAAUGUUUGGAUGUAUGAAUGUUGUUCUGAGGUAGACAGUACUACAGCUGAGCGUGUCGGUAAUGUAAUUCCUAGAAUUUUUAACUGGAAGUUUGUGUACACUAAUUUACGGUCAACUCAUGAAGAAGUACAAAGGCUUGAUUUGCCAACAAUCGACGGGGUUGAAUUAAAUAAUGAUGAAUCUGCCUUAUCACAUGAUACUUAUCCAGAUCGUAGUGAUAAAAGACACGCUGUCGACAUACAUACUCAAUCAGACAUGGACCAUCAAGGUUUUGAAGAUUUCAGUACUAUUCCACCACCUGAAAUCCUAAUGAAGGCAGGUCUGAGUACUCAUGCAUCCACAUCGCAACCUACGAAGAAAAGGAGGACAGUCCGAUUUGAUACUACAACUGUUCCUAUGCAAGAUAGCGAGAAAACUCCACCAUCUGUUUCAGAAAAAAGUAUGCCAAUAUAUCAAUCACGGACUUCUGAUUCAGAGCAUCUUGAUGCACCAAUGCUAACUCCAUCAUCAUCCGACAAGUCAGGUCAUCAGGACAGUUUUGACCAAAAGUGGAAUGAGUUGAAGUUCUUCUUACAGUCUUAUGUUGAUCAAAAAUUCACCUUCCUUCACAAAGCAAUGGUUAAACAAGAUGAAGAAUCAAAUGACAAAGGAAAUAAACAACACGCAAAACUUAUGUGCAUGCCGAAACACAUCAAACACGCCUAUGAGAAGGAUCAACAAGUUCAAGAUAUGAAAUGUUUACAAAAAGAAGAUGUUCCAUCAAAAGAACAGGAUGAUGAACUUGGAGGGUUUACACCUGGGGGUGUUCCAUCAAUAGACAAUUUCGAAGAGAUGAAUAUCGUCACUAGUUCGAAAGAUAAAGGAAAAAAGCAACAGGAUCAACAAGUUCAAGAUGUGGAAUAUUUACAAAAGGAAGAUGUUCCAUCAAAAGAACAGGAUGAUGAACUUGGAGGGUUUACAACUGGGGGAGUUCCAUCAGUAGACAAUUCCAAAGACAUGGAUAUCGUCACUAGUUCGAAAGAUAAAGGAAAAAAGGAUUUUGAAGGAUUUAGUUCGGAUGUUGGAACUUUCACAUUAAAUGCGCAUGUCGAAGAAAUGGUGAAUCAGGAAAUGGAGGAUAUUAAAACUGCCACAUUGAAUGCUCUUGUCGAUGCAGUUGUAAAUCAGAAUUCGGAUUACUCUAAUGUACAAAAUCCUGAGAAUAUCCAUAAAGAUCAUUCGAUCGAUGCUAUAAUGCAAGGUUUGAUAGCACCGAUAGAUGAUAUUCCGCUUGAAGUUGCUAAAUCGGUGGAUGAAACAAUUAACUUGCAUUCCCUAUUUGAUAGCCAGAUUCCAUCAAAUUAUCCUGAUUCAGUUGUUGCGGCUCAUCUAGCUGUAAAAAUUCCUGCUAAACGAACCAGGACAAGGUCAAGAAUUUUCAAGUCACCAUAUACAACUGACUUUGCAUCUGGUUCAAAGGUCCUUGAGGAUGAAAGCACAGAAUUCAAACAGACAUUUGCAUUUGAAGGUUAUGGAAUAUAUGACGAUAUGCCAAGUUCUAUCAUUGAACAAAAAAUGAAUAAUGAACACUACAAAGCAAAAGCAUCUUCCCUUGAAGUUCAGCAAUAUGAUUUUGUUGUUGCUCAUGCUCAUUCUAAAAAUUGA